GCUCACGUCAGUCUACAUCUGGUCCUGGCUGGAGGAACACCGUCUGUGGUCUGGUUAGGCCCGUGUCAGCUCUUGUAUGACGCGGUGAAGGCUGCAGGAAACAGUCUGUCUGACUGUCCAUGUUGUUUCCGGAGGAGGGAGCUAACUGCUAACACCUAGCAGCCGCCAUUUCCGGCCACGUGACUUGUUGGAUUGUUUGGGGUCGCGCGUCUUUCUGUGUUGGCGGGUAUCUGUGGAGCUCGAGCCUGAGAGACACACUAACUGAACCACACAGCUCACCCUGAAGAAUAUGUCUGACUGGACCAGGAGCAGACGGCGCGACGCUCACAGCAGCGAACGCGACAAUGACUCUGGCCCAUCUCGGUGGUCGCACUGCAGGAAGAGGGGUGUGGAUGGAAGCCUGCGGGCCAACAGAGAAGCUGAUGGUCACCAUAAGACAAACUGUAGUCACACUGACAACAGACAUGCCAGUUUCACCACUCCUGAGAAUGCAGGCCCAGUGUCUCGCUGUGCCAGACGGGCUGACUGGGGCAGCCAAGUGGAGGAUGAUGAGAUGAGGAGAGAUGUGCACAGAGACAUGCAACGUUACAGGAGGAGGAUACUGGGUGCCGAGGUCACCCAGAGAGAGAGAAAGACCUCCUCUGGCUCUUCUGGGAGCUGUGACUCCAGAGAGGGAGAGAACAUGGAGACAGAUGAGUCUGUGUUGCUACGGCGACAGAAACAGAUAAACUAUGGGAAGAACACUCUGGCCUACGACCGAUACAUCAAAGAAGUCCCCAAGCACAUGCGUCAGGCGGGGGUUCACCCAAAGACUCCCAAUAAGUUCCGGAAGUACAGCCGACGGUCUUGGGACCAGCAGAUCAAACUCUGGAAGGUCAAACUGCACGCAUGGGACCCCCCAACAGAGGGCAGCCCAGACAAAGUCCUCAAUAACAUUGAUGAGCUUGGUCUUGAUGAUGUAAUGGACAUCGAGCUGGACUUCCCAACGUUGUCAGACCCCCAGGAUGCCCCAGCCUCUGUCACCACACGUAGCCUUUCACUGGAGGGUGAAGAGUGUUUGGGUACUCCAGUUAAAGUACAGAAGACAGACACCACAGUGGAGCCUGAUAUGGCAUAGCUGGCAGCGUUGGCCCUCUCCAAGAAAAUACCUGUUCCCAUACAUCUUAACGCUCCCCUCUGCAACACCUCGACUUCUCACUGCCCUUUAGAAUACCCAGAAUGACUCUUUUCAGGUACCAGCUACUCGCUCUGAUCAAAUCUACACUAUGCUUAGUUCAACACUGUAACAUGUUUGGUGUUCUUUGUCUUUCUAUCGGGGCUUCUUCAUUCUUACUAAGCACUAAUAACUCAGGGAGUCUUCUUUUAUGGCAAGGUUUCCAGCUGUAUGUUGGGUCAGGACUCAGUCAGUUGAAACAGGAUUUGGAGUUCACAGAAACACUUGUUGCACUGAUCUGUGGCCUGUUAAUGCAGACACCAAUCACGUGCGAUCACAUCUGUUUUAUAUUUGCAGCAACAAUAUGCAGUGACUGAGCUCUAAGUAAGUACUUUAAAGGAGAUGGGCAAGCCAAAGGUUUUACUUUUAUUCAUUCAUAAUGACAAGAUUUUUUUUUCAAGUGUGUGUAUAGUUUAGAGUGCUGAAGAGCAUCCGUUCAGUCCUCGUUGGCUGUGAUUUGUUUUUACAUUGGCUGUUUUUUAAUAUGAUGUAAUUGUGUUUCUUAUUGCUGUUUCCUUCAUAGUGAAGAAUUUCAAAUAAAAAACAAACUUGAA